GCUAAAAACAUUACUUGUGUGCAUUUAGAUGCAAAACAAAGGGCACUGAUGUAUUUUUAGAUAUGUAAGUGCAAGUUUAACAAACCAAAAAAAACUCCAAGGCACUCCCUUAAAAAAGUAAAAAGCCUUUAUUGAUAUGGCUUGGUCAUAAUAAACCUAAUUAAAAAAAUAUCAGUGCAAGUUGCUUUCCGUUUGCACAGCACUUACAUUUAUUUUUAUCUACGACUACUCUAAUCCCUGUCCAGAAACUGCCCCAAUAGAAGUUAAUGGUGCUCAAAAACGGUUUGAAUACAAACAUUGCUCAAAAUAUCUUUGUGUUCAGCAAAAUAAAAAGAAAUGAAUACAUGUAUGUAACAACAUGAGGGUCAGAGAAGUUAAUGAUGACAGAAUUAUCAUUUUUUUGGUGAACUAUCCCUAUUUGUAUAAUUAUACUAGGUUACAACUUCCUGAAAAAAUAUGACAUAAAUAUAUAACAAACUAAAGUAGCUAGUUAAAAAAAGGUAAAAAAAAAUCAUAAACUAAGUAUUCAUACUAAAAAAAUGAAGUGAACGUUUUAAGCUUUGUAAGAAACAUUAACCGUAAAUAGUUGAAUAUUACCUCUGCACUGGGAGUUUCCAACAGAUGGCGCUACUGUACUGGCGCUAAACACGCCCUAAAAUACACGUCACGAGGAUACGUCACGUACGCCGUCUGUGUUUGAACGUGGCGGCGCUAGAAGAUGUAAAAAAUACGUUUCAGUAAAGCAUUUUUUGUUUGUUUGUUUUUAUGUAAACAUAUCUAAUGAUACCAAGAGUUUGAACGUGUUGUAUUCACCAGCAACGCAUGCUUAACGCGUUGUUCCUCUCCAUUCAUGAUUAACAGAUCAGACAUGACAGCUGCGGCUUGUAAUCAGUGGACGGGCUUGUUCAAUGUUGGAGAAGAGUUUGAUGAUGAGGAUUUGCUUGAAGCUGAUUGGUCGUGUGCAUCAGAAUCCACAUCUGAAUCCUUAAAAGUAUCAGCCGAAAAAAACACCCAUGUUCAGAAAAACACUGCUAGUUCAUCAUCUACACCUGCGGGAAGGACACCAGGAUCUCUCCGUGCCCCAGCAUGUGGCCCUGCGAAGAUUUUAAGCAACCUCUCCAUCCCUGUCCAUCAUUCGCUAUCAUCCUCAAUUCCUUCUCUUCGCGCUCCAGCAUCAUCUUUGCAGCCCUCUUCAAUAAUAAACCCUCCACCCCCAGCAUCUCAACGUGUCCCGCAGAGUGAGCUUCCAGCUCAGGAUGACUUUGAUGACUGGGAUGUGGAUCUGGACGAAUUGGAUGAAAGCAUUCCUCAAAUGGUGUCUCAGCCACAGAAAAAUAUUGCACCACACUCGGUAUCAGACAGCAUUUCCCCUGCUAAACGAAUGAGACCGUCAACAUCUAGUGGAGCACAGGUGUCCUCUCACAUCAGCUUCUGCUCUAAUACCUCAAUGUCAGCAGUAGCACGGCCCUCAGUCAACAUUUCAUCCACCUUGCAAGUGCCCACGCAUCUGUCCACCCCAAUUCAGAAUCGGACUCACACGCGGGGGCCGGUGACACCAGUCUCGCAGUUUCCCAGACCUGUGACUCCAAAACCCCCAGUUGUGUCUUCUCAAAGGUGGGCCGGUCCUUCAACACCAAGGACCCCAUUGCAGCCCCGGGGAUCUCUCUUCCACUCUGUGUCUUCCACUCCUGAUCCCUCCCCUACGCUUACACCUCGACCCCUCAAUACGCCCGUUAUGACCAAUCACCUGGUUCAUCUGAUGUCUGCAGCCAAUAAGACACCUCAGAGACCACAGAGCACUGGGAUGCGAUCCAAAGCACGUCGCUUUCCUGGUCCAGCAGGGGCACUGCCACAACAGGUUAGUGGGCGGAGUCUUGACGACAUCGUUGUGUCAGUUCCUCAGACACCCGCGCAUGGAGCUGUUGCUCGUUCACGAAGUGAGGGUUCGAGUUCUCAAGGGAGUGAGGAGGAGGAAUUCAGCAGGGGUCCGUGGGCAGUGAUGAAGGCUGAAAUGGGAUUGGACGAGAAGAACCCUUCAUGCUUCCUGCACUCCUACAGUGUUGUCAUGGUGCUCCGCAAGGCUGCUCUCAGGCAGCUGGCUAAGAAUAAAGUCCCUAACAUGGCUGUCGUCUUGAAGAGUAUCACACAUACACAUGCAGAUGCAAAGGCCGUCUUCAGAGACCACACAGGUGAGAUGCAGGGCACAGUUCAUCGUCGCCUGGUGGAAGACAGACAGGGCGAUCUCAAGACAGGAGCUGUGUUAUUACUAAAACAAGUGGGCGUGUUUUCACCGUCACAUCGAAAUCACUACCUGAACGUCACACCCAAUAACCUUCUCAAGAUUUACCCACCCGAUGGAGUCCUACGCAACUCCCAGAUAUUCCAUCCUCCCCUGGAGCUUGUGUCGCAGUGCGAACCCGAAAAGACUGCAGGAGGUCCCGUCUCUCGGAUGGAGCUCCACUUUGAUGAUGAUGAUGAGGAGGAGGAGGAGGGUGAAAACACUGUUGAGUUAAGGAGGGCUGCUGCUGGUUCAGAUCAUACUACAGCUGUCUCUAAUGAGACCUGCCAAGCACCUACAGGCUCUGGGCCAACUGAGGACACAUCAUGGGAAACAGAUGAUCUUGAUGAGUUGCUCGGAGAGUUACCUGUGGAGUCGUAUGAUGGACAACUUUGAACACAAUGUCACUUUAUGUACAAAGUUUAGUAUUAGACCAUGUCGGAUAUUAAUGCAUACCGUGAUCAAACACAACAUAUGAAAACAACAACACCCAUUAAACAAACAAUACAUUACUUUUGUUCAUGUUUUCUGUAACUGUUGUAAAUAUGUAUAUAAUCACUUGUCUCAUGCAUAAAUUGAUGCAAUAAAUACAC